AUGCGGGAUGCGGAGGAGCAGUGUGAUGGAGGGCAGAAGGCGAGGUCAAACGGUGCCGUAGCAAAGCGCUUUGCACCUGCACCACCGGUGACAAGGAGCAUGGGGUUGGAGCAGCCCCAUCACCAUCAGCCCCGACACCACAGACGUGCACCGUCCUUAAGCGGAGGCCACCACGUGCGGUGUAUAAUAUUUGAAAUCAAAGCGCUAAAGUCCAACUAUGGCGACGGUGCACGUGAAUCACAAGCUCAACAUGCGCACAACGGCUGUCAAAAUGAAGCGGACCCGACAUCCUGCCGCAUCCUGUUUCGAUCCCAUUCCGAAUCCCAUUCCCAGUUGCAGUCGCAGUCGCAGUCCACAUCCACGUCCACAUCGCUGUCGCAGCCCCACGCCCAGAAACUGAGUUCGGGCUCAAGGCCAAGGAGCCGCCAGCCGGCGGAGACUCGGAUAAUUCAAUCGCGUUUUCUACAAAUUUACGGUUUGCUUUGCCUCGGUUCCUGGAUGGCUUGCAUUAAAACUAUCGGCGCUUCAAUUGAGCAGCAAACGCUUGCGGAAGCGGAUCCGGAUGCACAAGAUAAAGAUAAAGAUAAAGAGCGGGAAGCGGAAACGGAAACGGACACAGAAACGGAAACGGAUGCCCGCAUCAUGGCAACGGGAAUUUGCAUUAUAAGACUGAUAACAUUAAAGAGAUUUCUAGAGGAUUCCACAACCGACGAACACAAUCAAAGGCGCCAGCCAUCAUCGGCCACGUCAGCAGCGUCAGCCGGAGCAGCUGCCAGCCAACCAAGAAGAAGGCCACCCCAUUAUCCCGGAACCAGCUCAACUCCGCCUCCUGUCCACCCGGAGGCCACCAUGCUGCUGCUGUUACUGCUCCUCACCAGCCUCUGGCCCGAGGGCUGUGAGUGCCUCCAUGGCGGCAGUAACACGGUGAAGACCAAAUACGGCCUCCUGCGGGGGAUCGUGGUGCGCUCCUCGCCACUGGUAGAGGCCUUCCUGGGCAUUCCCUAUGCCUCGCCGCCGGUGGGCAGUCUCAGAUUUAUGCCCCCCAUAACGCCCUCGACGUGGAAAACGGUUCGCAGCGCGGAUCGAUUCUCGCCCGUCUGCCCGCAGAACGUUCCCAUCCCGCCCAACGGACCGGAAGCGCUCCUGGAAGUGCCGCGCGCUCGCCUCGCCCAGCUGCGGCGCCUGUUGCCGCUGCUCAAGAACCAAUCGGAAGACUGCUUAUACCUAAAUAUCUAUGUGCCCUACGAGACGCGCCGCCAGAAACGCAAUAUCGAUGAUUCUGCUGGCGAAGCUAAGACCAAACUGUCCACUGUGGUAUUCAUACAUGGCGAAUCGUACGACUGGAACUCAGGGAAUCCCUACGAUGGCUCCGAGCUGGCCGCCCACGGCAAUGUCAUCGUCGUGACAAUCAACUUUCGUCUGGGAAUCUUUGGUUUCCUCAAAACCGGCGGCAAGGAGAGUGCCCAGGGCAACUUUGGGCUAAUGGAUUUGGUUGCGGGCCUGCACUGGCUUAAGGAGAAUCUACCCGCAUUUGGCGGGGAUCCCCAGAGUAUCACGCUCCUGGGCUAUGGCACCGGGGCUGUGCUGGCCAACAUAUUGGUAGUUUCCCCAGUGGCGAGUGAUUUAAUACAGCGCACAGUGCUGGUCAGUGGGAGUGCCCUGUCCCCUUGGGCCAUCCAGAAGAACCCGCUCUUUGUGAAGCGUCGGGUGGCGGAGCAGACUGGCUGCCAUGGCGAUAUGCUCUACGAUGACCUGGCACCCUGCCUGCGCACCAAGAGCGUCGCUGAGUUGCUGUCGGUGAAAGUGGAUCAUCCGCGGUUUCUCGUGGGAUUCGCUCCAUUUGUGGAUGGAACUGUAAUAUCGCCAGGCGCCAAUCCCUUGGGCAGCACAACGCUGCCUCUGGGAUCGGCUAUUGUUAGUACUUCAGGAAUUGAAUAUGCAAACUUUCCGAAACGAGACCUCAUAUUCUGCCUUACAUCUGUGGAGUCCUAUUUGGAUUUGAGUGCCCAGGACUUGGAGUUUGGCUUCAAUGAGACGCGGCGGGAUCGUAUCCUGCGAACCUUUGUACGCAACAAUUUUCACUAUCAUCUGAAUGAGAUAUUUGCGGUAUUGAAGAAUGAGUACACCGACUGGGAGAAAGCUAUACGUAAUCCUCUUAGCUCCCGCGACGCCACCCUCCAGUUUCUGAGCGAUGGCCACACGGCCUCGCCGCUGAUUAAAUUGGGCUACAUGCACAGCUUCCGCGGGGGACGUGCUUAUUUUCUGCACUUUAAACACAAAACCGUAGAGGAGGAGUAUCCACAGAGAACUGGUUCCGUGCGCGGCGAAGAUGUGCCUUUCUGGCUGGGCCUGCCCAUGUCCCCGCUCUUUCCACACAACUACACGACUCAGGAGCGCCAAAUUGGUCGACUUAUGCUGCGAUAUUUGUCCAAUUUCGCAAAAACCGGCAAUCCAAACCUUUCCUCGGUCAAACCAGCGUUAGCCAAUCCGAGCGAGGACUCAAAUCCUGCCCUGCAUCAUCAGAAGAAACGCUCCACUGGCCUAACCCAUCCCAAUCUCAGUGAAGCGCUCAACCUGGCCGUGAUCUACAACCAGCGCCGGAGCAAUGCCAUGCACGAGAAGCGUUCCUACAUCCGGAGAAGAAUGCGGAGCAACGAUGCCGCCUUUACCCAGCUGGGCAUAUCCAGUGACCGUGAUGUGGGCAGCUAUGAUGGCGACGAACUGCCUUUUUGGGAUGCCUACGAUGUGGUCAAUCAGCUCUACGUGGAAUUGGGGAACAAGGCCAACAUUCAGAGCCAUUAUCGUGGUCACAAGCUGUCCAUGUGGUUGAAUCUCAUCCCUCAGCUGCAUCGUCACUUCAACAUCAAUGACCAGUCGAUGAGACAUCAUCAGUUUCAGGACGAUAUGAACAACCGGGACCUUUAUGAAGGCGUUGUGCGGCCACAGUUGCAGACGAAGCCAGCGGACGAUGAUCCCAUACUUAUCAUGCAGAAGAGCAGAACAACGACGACGACGACGCCACCUCCACCGCCGCCGCCUCAAAAGGCCCCGAGUACAAAUGCCACGCAAGCUUUGAAUGCCAUGGCUACAGGUGCAACCACUACCACAGAGUGCGGCAUCGAUGGCGCAAUGUCCGUGUCCGAACUGACCACCACCCAGGCACCAAAAGACAAUCGGACCGGAGUCACGCGGGUGGAGACGCAAAAGGACCUGGCCACCGCUUCCACGGGUAUAAUUGGAAACCUGGAGCUGCUCAGGCGACUAAGUGGCAAGCAGUUCCAGAGCUACACUACCGCCCUGAUAGCCACCGUGGCCGUGGGCUGUUUCCUACUUAUUCUCAAUGUUCUGAUUUUCGCGGGCAUUUACCAUCAGCGCGAGAAGCGGGCUCGCGAUGCCAAGACCAAGGAGGAGCUGCAAGAGAGCGACACCAGCAAGAAUUCUAGCAUGCUUAAGCUCAACGCCUUAAUGGGUGCUAGCGGAGGAGUGGGCGGACCCGGUGCGGGUGAUAUCGCCGAUGCCUAUACCUUAAGCGGUUCCGUCGUAGACAGCAAAGGCGGGGUGGGCGUGGUCUUUGGAGAAUACAGCUGCUACGAUGAGAAAACCAAGCAGCUGAAGGAAGAAAAACUUCUGGUGGAGCUGCCGCCAUCGUCGUCGUCUUCAACGGGCCAAACCUCGCUAAUGAUGGACACCUGGGGAGCGUGCUCUACAAGCACUUUGGAUUUGCUCAAGACCAAGCCGGGGGAUCCUUCCAUCGAAAUGGUCACCUACGGCGUCCUGCCCACGGUGAUGGAGUCCACGUCAGCGAUGAGCAGCAAGCGCGGAUCCUUCGUGGACACAACAAUGCAGUUUAACAGUCCGCAGCAAUUCGAUUAUGCGGUCCAGUCCUCGGAUCAGAUGUCCUUUAAGGCGAUAGAGGAGGCAGUCAAGGCGGCAGCCGUGUCCGAUACGGAGAUCACCAGAGACGAUGAUAUACCCGAGCCGCCACCACCACCUCGAUCAUUUCUGGCCGCCCAACAACAACAGCAUCAGCAGCAGCAACAAACAGGCAUCUUGCGGCAAGCAGGUUCAGGGGGAAGCUCGACAACAGGAGCCGGGGGCACCAGCGGCAAGAAACGUGUACAUAUUCAGGAAAUCUCAGUCUAG